AUGCAUGGGAAAGGGCCAACCUGUGAAUCACAACGAAGAGCAUCAUCAGAAGGGCUAGGGCUUCUAGCGCGCCUUGGAAAUGAUAUGUUUACUGCCAGAUUGACUCGAUCACUGCUUAAUGAUGUAAUUGGCGCACCAGAGCAUUAUGUUGGAUCAAUUGCUCUAGCUCUUGGUUGCAUCCAACACAGCGCAGGAGGAAUGGCAUUAUUAAGUUUAGUUCCAUCCACUGUGCAUUCUAUCUCUUCACUAGCUAAGAGUUCAAUAGCUAACUUACAAGUAUGGGCUUUGCAUGGACUUAUUCUAAGAAUAGAAGCUACAGGCUUGUCUUAUGUUUCACAAGUUCAGGCAACACUUGGCCUUGCUAUGGAUAUUCUUUUGUCUGGAGAGAAUGGAUAG